UCCAAGUUUGUCUUAAAAUCUCUUUUUCUAAAGUUAUUCUCUUCUCCAUUUAGUUUCUAGAAUUUGUUUUCCCUCACUAACCGCUGCAAUUAUACGCUCACCAUGUCUUCAGAAUCAGCCAGCGCAAUUCACAGAAGCCAAGUUGAUCUUGUAGACUUCAUCGAUUGGUCUGGAGUUGAAUGCCUUAACCAAAAUACAAGUCACUCUCUUGCCAAUGCCCUCAAGCAGGGUUAUAGAGAAGAUGAUGGUUUGAAUCUGGAGAGUGAUGCUGAUGAGCAAUUACUGCUUUAUAUACCUUUUAAUCAAGUUGUUAAAAUUCACUCUAUUGUCAUCAAAGGACUUGAAGAAGACGGUCCGAAGACUGUAAAACUUUUCUCGAACAAGGAGCAUAUGGGAUUUAGUAAUGUCAAUGACUACCCUCCUAGCGACACAGUAAUCUUAUCACCAGAUACUCUGCAGGCGAAACCAGUAGUAUUGAAGUAUGUCAAAUUUCAGAAUGUUCGAAGCUUGACAAUUUUUAUCGAGGAUAAUCAGUCAGGUUCUGACGUCACCAAAGUCCAAAAGAUUGCUCUAUUUGGAACCACAGUGGAAACUACCGACAUGAAGGGCUUGAAGAAGAUUGAGGAUCACUGAUAGCUAUUUAAGGGGUUGAAGUUGCUUGGAAGCACUGUUAAUGUUCUUAUUCUAUUUGAUGUUCAAGCUAUACAGUUCCAAACAGUUCAGUGCAUGAAAAUUUCAUGUCUGUUAUUUCAAUCUCCUAUUCUGGAAAUCAAUCCAAUUUUUAGAAUUCUGUCAAA